AUGUCUCAAGUCCACGGUACAGCUGCCUCUACUGAAGAAGCUCAGGGUGAAGUCAUCGCCAAAAAGCUCAUUGGUGUUCGCCAGUUGAUUCUUAACCGACCUAAGCGUCUCAACGCCCUCAACUUGAACAUGAUCAAAACUAUCAUACCAAAGAUUCUUUCCUGGAACGGAUCGGGUCUUGCCAACAUCAUCACAUUGAAGGGCAACGGCAGAGCUCUUUGUGCCGGCGGUGACGUUCGAAGUGUGGUUGAAGCUGCUAAGGCAAAAGCCCCCAAUACGAACGAAUACUUUGCCACUGAAUAUCAACUCAACCAUCUUGUAUCUGCCCUUGACACCCCAUAUGUUUCCAUUAUGGACGGUAUCACCAUGGGAGGAGGUAUUGGCAUUUCAGUCCACGCACCUUUCAGAAUUGCUACCGAGAACACCGUAUUCGCCAUGCCCGAGACCGCCAUUGGCCUAUUCCCUGAUGUUGGUGGAAGUUUCUUCUUGCCUCGUUUGGAUGGACAACUAGGAAUUUACUUGGGUUUGACAGGCGCCAAACUCUCUGCGGAAGAUGUUUUGUUUGCUGGAAUUGCAACCCACUUUGUUCCAUCAUCUCGUCUCGAGGCUUUGGAAACACGCCUUUCCGAAAUCGAAUCCUCCGAUCACGAUAUCAUCAACACCGCUAUUGAAGAAUUCGCAGCCGAUUACGACCCGGAAGUGCAAUUCACUAUGGGUGGAGAAACCCGCAAAGCCAUUGACCGAUGCUUCAAGUUUAAUACGGUCGAGGAAAUCUUUGCAGCUUUGGAUAAGGAAAAGAGCGAAUGGGCUGCCAAGACUAAGGCCGAUAUGUUGGAAUUAUCACCUACCUCAUUGAAGAUUACCCUUCAGCAACUUCGAAUAGGUGCAAAGCGCAGCAUUGCUGACUGCUUUAAGAUGGAAUACAAGCUCGCUGAAAAGAUUGUUUUCAGUAGCGAAUUCCACGAAGGCGUUACCGCCAAGUUGGUUAACAGGACAAAGCCAAAGUGGAACCCCGCCACCCUAUCUGAAAUUUCCAACGAUAGCAUUCUGAAGACAUACUUUGAAGCACCUGGUGAAACCCAGCUUACGUUGUUGUCGCCAAAGGAUUACAUGCAGUAUCCUUAUCGCAAGUAUGCUCUGCCCACUGAAGAAGAUAUCCGCAGAGUCGUCACUGGUGACGCCGCAGACGCCAUUUUAUCUCAUCCCAUUUCCGGCGAUGACAUUAUAAAUUGGUUCGUCCGUGAGCGACAAGGAAAGUUCGGUGUACAUGAAAAAGUCAGAGAAGUCUUACAGCGCAAAACCAAGCUCGAAGGCGAUGUAUUGCGAUGGAUUUAUUGA